AUGUCUAGCUCCCAAAAGAUUGAUCUGAGCACACUAAGUCCCGAACAACUAGCUGUUGUGAAGCAGCAGUUGGAUCAAGAGAUUCAGCAUUUUAGCCAAUCUCUCCAAGCACUAAAUAUGGCGAAGACGAAGUUUACGGAAUGCAUAGAGGAUGUGAAACAGGUAUCAUCGAUAUCGGAGAGCAAAAAACAACCAAUUUUGGUUCCUGGAUCGUCCUCCUUAUAUAUUCCUGGUGAGAUUGUUGAGAGUAAAUCUUUCAUGGUCGAUAUCGGAACCGGUUACUACGUGGAAAAGACCGAUGAAGAAGCUAUAGCAUUCUACCAAAAGAAAAUUGACAAAUUGAACACUGAAUCUGUUCAAAUUCAAAAUAUUAUAAAGGAAAAGAGUCAAACAUCAUUAUUAUUGGAAAACCAAAUCAGACAAGCUGCGUUUACACGUCAUGAACAAAGCAAGGCAAAUGAAACAAAGGCAUAG